GCAGCGCUGGGCUCAAGCAGUGCAGGACACCCCUCCGGAAGCGCAACCGUCUACGUAUCUCGCAUGCGUGCCGGGGCCCGGCUCGGCGGACCAGCCCGGCGGCUGGUGCCGCUGUUGCUGCCUGCCGUGGCGGGCUGGACGUCUGCGGCGCCGGUCGCCGAAG